AUGCCUCCGUUCGCCAAACCCGAGACCGUCCUGAAACGGUCCGAGGAACUCAUCAAUGUCGGUCAACACCAGGCCGCUUUGGCCGCGCUCAACGAGAUUUUCACCUCUCGUCGUUUCAAGCAGACUCCUCUCCAGUCGCUUGAACCCAUCAUGCUCCGAUUUGUCGAUCUUUGCGUUGAUCUCAAAAAGGGAAGGAUGGCCAAGGAAGGUCUGAUGCAAUACAAGAACGUCUCGCAAAACACAAACGCUCAAUCCAUCGAGCUCGUCAUCAAGCACUUUAUCAAGCUCGCCGAUGCCAAAGUCGUAGAGGCUCAGUCCAAGGCCGAUGCCGCCGUUGGUGAAAUUGACGUCGAUGACCUCGAGGAGUCCGAGACCCCCGAGAGCAUGCUCCUUGGCUCGGUCAGCGCUGACCAGAACAAGGACCGCACCGAUCGUGUCCUCGUCACGCCUUGGCUCAAGUUUCUCUGGGAGGCCUACCGUACCGCGCUCGACAUUCUCCGCAACAAUGCUCGUCUCGAGGUGCCCUACCAGCAGAUCGCCAACCAGGCACUCAAGUUUUGUCUUCAGUACCAACGCAAAACCGAGUUCCGUCGUCUCUGCGAAGUCCUCCGUCAGCAUCUCCAAAACGUUGCCCGCUACUCUCACCACGCCCACGCCAUCAACCUCACCGACCAGGACACCCUCCAGCGUCACCUCGACACCCGCUUUGCGCAGCUCAACUCGGCCGUCGAACUCGAACUCUGGCAAGAGGCCUUCCGCUCCGUCGAGGACAUCCACAACCUCCUCACCAUGGCCAAAAAAGCUCCUCGUCCCGCCAUGAUGGCCAACUACUACGAGAAGCUCGCCCGUAUCUUUAUGGUCUCGGACAACAACCUCUUCCAUGCCGCUGCCUGGAACCGCUACUACGCCCUUGCACGCUCCAUCGCAAAGUCCGAGCAAGAACACACCCAGAUCGCCUCGUACGUUCUCAUUAGCGCCCUCGCCGUCCCCGUCAUCUCGUCCAACGCUCCCGGCACCGGCAACCUGCACAAGUCCAAGUCCGACUUUCUCCAGGCCGACCACGAGGCUCGAAGCCGCACCGGUCGUCUCACCUCGCUUCUCGGCCUCAGUCGCACCCCCACUCGCGCCGGUCUGCUCAAGGAGGCUCUCAAUCGCGACAUUCUCAAAAAGGCGCGUCCCGAGCUUCGCGAACUCUACAACAUCCUCGAGGUCGAAUUCCAUCCCCUCUCCAUCUGCGCCAAGAUCGAGCCCAUCCUCGCCUCGAUCUCGCAGGAUGCCGAGAUGGCAAAGUACGUCAAGCCUCUUCACUCGGUCGUUCUCACUCGCCUCUUCCAGCAGCUCAGCCAGGUCUACGACGCCGUCAAGCUCUCCAAGGUGAUGCAGCUCGUCUCUGCCUUCAAAGCUCCUCACAGCUACACGCCCGCCGAAAUCGAAAAGUUCUGCCUCAACGCCUGCAAAAAGGGUCACCUCAACAUCCGCAUCGACCACGUUGCCCAGGCCAUCACCUUCCAGGACGAUGUCUUCUCCACCGACGUCCAUCCCGCCGCUUCCGCCUCGUCCGAAGCUGACAACGUUGGUCUGCAGGCCUCCCCCUCUGAGCUCGUGCGCACCCAGCUCAGCCGACUCGCCACCUGUCUCGACACCACGCUCAAGACCAUCGAUCCCACCAUCCUUGCCGAUGCGCAGGCUGCCAAGCGUCACGUUUUUGCGCGCGCCGUCGCUGCCGCCGAAGACGAGCACAAGGCUGCCAUUGCCCGCAAGGCGCUCCUCGCGCGUCGCAAGGAGCUGCUCGAGGAAAUGGCUACGCGCAAGGAGCGAGAAGAGGCGGCCGCGCGUGCCGAACGCGCUCGUGCUGCCGCCGAGGCCGAACAGAAGCGCAUCGCCGAAGAACAAAAGAAGCGCGAACAGGAUCGCCUUAACAAGGAAGUCGAGGCGGUGCGCAUCGAGGAAGCCAAGAAAAUGGCAAAGUCGUUGCAAGAGCGCGGAGGUCUCAAGCUUUCCGAGGAAGAACUUGCCAAUCUGGACACGGACAAAUUGGUCCAGAUGCAGGUAGAGCAGAUCGAAAAGGAAAAGAAGGAGCUUGCCGAGCGUCUGCGUCUCAUCCACCGCCGAAUGGACCACCUCGAGCGUGCCUACCGUCGCGAAGAGGCUCCCUUGCUUUCGGCUGACUACGAACGACAGAAGCAGGAAGACCUGCAAUAUCACAAGGCGGCUCGCAUCACGCUGUUGCAGACUUCCAAGGACAAACACGCCGCCGACCUCGAGAUCAAGAAGCGUCUCACCCGAAUCUUGCCCGACUACCAGCAGCUUCGUUCCAUUAUCGAGGAUAAACGUCGCGGCGAAUUUGAAGAGCGAAGGAGAAAGGCUACCGAGCAGAUUGAGCUCGAAAAGGAAAGGCGUCGUCAGCAAGUGCGCGACGAGAGGAGACGCGAGCGACAAGAGGCCGAAGAGGCCGAACGUCGCCGCGUCCAAGAGGAACAAGAGGCUCGUGCUCGUGCCGAGGAGGAGGAGCGCCUCGCCGAGCAGCGUCGUGUCGAAGAGGCUCAGCGCGCCGAGCUCGAGGCCAAGAAGCGCGCCGAAAUCGAGGAGCGAAGGGCCAAGUUCCAGGCGACCGCCGACAAGCAACGACAGCGCGAGGAGGAGGCCGAGGCCAACCGUCGUUCUCGUGCCGCCGGUACUGGUGCUGCGCCUGCACAAGAGUUGGCCGCUGCUGAUGCUACAUGGCGCCGUGCUAGUGGCAGCCCUGCACCCACUCAAGCCGAGUCGCAACGUCCUCCCAUCUUUGGCGCUGCUCGUACCGGUGGCGCUGGAGGCUGGCGUGAGCGCUUGGCUGCCAAGGAGGCCGCUGGUGGCAAUGCUACUGCUGCUCCUUCUGCUCCUGCUGCCGCUCCUGCGCCUGCCUCUUCGGGAGCCUACCGACCUGGUAUGUUCCGUGCCGCUGCCGGUGCUGGCGCUGGGGGACGGACGGAUCGCGUGGCGGCCACUCCUCUCCCUCCCGCUGCCGCGGCUGCCGAGAGCGACGGCUUUACCGAGGUCAAGAAGAACGUCUACCGUCCUCCUGGUCGUCGUGCCUGA